UGUCAUCAAUCGUGACAUUAGUGACAGCAGGUAAGCUCAAGAUCGUGUAAAAAGUCAAUAAUUCAAAUACAAUUAGUAUAAAAGUGUAAGAAAAUGUACAGAAGUUAGUUAAUUAGGAAAGAAGAAGGCGAUCAGAUAUCAUAAUGAAGACUUUAUAAAUAAUUUUAAAAAAUGUUUGCUUCCCUGAAGAAUAAAAUACGUGAAGAGACCGGGAGUGAUCUAUCAAAACUAACAGCUAAAAUAACAUCGUCCACUGUCCAGAAAAUAGACUCUCUGCGGGGAAAAUCUCACCAGGGUUCAACUUCCAGCCUUAACUCUAUUGUAUCCUCUGAUGGUUUCAGAGAAGAUGGACCCAUUGAUCCGGAAGAAUUUAGAAAAAGGAUAUCGAAAAUCGAGUCUGAAUUCGCUAGGAAACUUGAACAGAAGGAACAGGAGUGGCGUGAGAUAGUUAGUGAGAAAGACAGGCAGCUACAAAAUUUAGAACGGGAGAAAGAUGAAGCGUAUCGCCAGAUAUCUAAUUUGAAAGAAUCCAUUAAAAUAGCAGAAGAAUAUAAGCAAAAAAUAUUGGAGCGUCAGGAAAACAAUGAACAGCUAGAGAAUUUACAAACUCAGGAGUUGUCUAAAGUGAAACAUUUAGUGUUGUUAAGAGACCAGGAGUUGGUUGAAAAGAACACUGCCCUAAAAGAUGCCAAUACCCAAUUAGAUAAAUUGAGAAACGAAAUUUCGAGGUUGAGACGACAAGAAGAGCUUCUUAGUGAUGUACAGGACGACCUGGAGGCUCUCCGACAUUCCAGUUCGAGGGACAUAGCCCAUCUCGCCACCGAACUUGCCAAAAACGAGCAGGAGAAGCAGCACCUGUCAGAUUUAGUAGUGAUCUUGAGGCAGAGCACCUCCAACGAGGGCUCCCUGGACGAGAAGGUGGUUUCCGAGAGGAAACUGCUGAAGCAGCGGCUCGAGGAGGCCCAUAUGCAACUGGCCGAUAUCAAGAUUUCUUGGAGCGAUAAGAUCGCCUCCCUCGAAACUCAGGUGGGUCGACUGAGUCGGCAGGCGGCCGAGGAGGGUUCGGAGAGGAGACGUGCCGUGCAAGAGAAAGAGAAGCUUUCGGAUAAGGUGAAACAGCUGGAGGCGGAGCUGGAGUGCAACAAGCUGGACCUGAACAACAAGGAGACAAAAAUAAAGAGAUUAACGGAGGACGUGAACGAGCUCUCCGGCGAACUGAAAUCGUUGAGGAACGAUAACGAGGAAGAGAUAACGUUUCUCAGGACUGAACUCGACAAUACCAAAACAGAAUUAAAAGUAGUUAGGAAAAAUUUAGAUAAUACCGAAAGCGAACUGGACAAGAUCGAGAAUGAGUGCGGCAAGCUUAAGUUAUGCGUCGAUUCCGAACAUUCAACCAACUCUUCCCUGAAGCAGAUGAUCACCAAGUUGGAAAAGGAGCUAGGAGAGGAACGAUCUAAUUCCCUGAAUGUACAGAAGACCUUAUCGAGAGUGACCUCGGAGAAGAAUACUGCUCUCUUACGAAACGCCGAAAUUUCCCAGCAAAUGGAGCUGGUGAAACAGGAGAUGAGACGGCAAGAAAUGGAUAUGAACGAUUUACUGAACAAGCUGACCCAGUUGGAAGAAGAAAACGGUAAACUGAAGGAAAGCACGUUGAUACAACAAAAACUAAACAAAAACAUCGUCGAACUGGAGGAUCAGAUUUCUGAGAAAAACAAAAAUAUCAAAAUGUUGCAACUCCGACUGGCCGACAUGAAGAAGACCCUCCAGCAGGAGCUGAGGACACCGGGGAAUCCAAAUUACCACAGCGACCUCCUAGAAAGCAAUACAGUAGCGGUAUUAACGCCUUCUCAAAUUUCUACCCGGAACUUCCCCAGUGUCGUGCGUCGGGAUGAGGACGAUGUUAAUUUUAAGUAUUUAAAGCACGUCAUUAUAAAAUUUUUAACCAGUAGGGAUUACGAGGCUCAACACCUAAUAAAAGCAAUAUCCACCUUGUUAAAAUUCACUGCAGACGAAGAGAAACUGAUACAAGACACGUUGGAGUGGAAGAAGUCGUGGUUCGGCAGCAAGCCUAAGAUUUCUGUGUCGCAGAAACCAAAGAAUUUUCCCCAUAGUUGAUGGUUGCUUUGAGACUACUUGAUUUUUCUCGGGGACUUGUGAGACUACGGCUUCAAGCGGAUAUUCCAUGAUUUUAACGCCUCUUUCUUGAGCCAAUAUUUUAUUGUAUUUUUUUAAUCUACUGUCUUUCGUUUAAGUCGAAACUUCCAGUUAUUCCUAGGCAGUGAAAUUUAAUUUUAAAGGGUUAAAUAGCGGGAAAAGUACUUGUCAUCGCUUUUGUAUUUUAUCAUUUUUAUUUCUGUGACGCAGUCUUGUGUUAGUGAUAUUGUGUACGUUCCAAAAAUUUAAAAUUGUACAUAAUGUAAAUAAGUGAUUGACUAUUUGUAAAAUUUUCAUAGAUUUAUC